AUGCUUCGAGUUUCCAAAUCAGCUUUUCAAUCAGCCUCAAAACAUUUGUACAGGGAAUUUUCCUUCGAACAUUACAAAAAGUUGGAGCAGGGCUGUUCAUUAGAGGUGGGCGAUAUCACGACAGUAGGAAAUUUACAUUAUUACUUGUCAAAUGUCCGAAUCCUCUCUUUAUCCACAUCCAGCAAGAAUAUCGAGUUCUCGGAUUGGACGAAAUUGUUCAAGACGUUUCCUCACGCUUCGAGAAUCACUAAAUACGAUCAAAUACUCUAUCGCGGUUUUAAUAUCUCAACCCUCCUCAACAACAGACCUACGCGUGGCUCAUCCAGAACCCUCGCUCACCACUACGGAAGAGUCAAGGUACCGAUCGGAUGGCAAGAGAAUGUAAGCCUCUGCGUGCAAGUAUCGGCAAACUGUGGUCUUACAAUCAAAGAUGAAAAUCAGAAGGAGCGGACUUUCCGACAAGACAUGAUGGAUCAAAUGGGAAAUUACGACUCUUUCACCUUAACGAAAUUCUUGAAUUACUCCCCCGUCUCAAAUAAGAUCGUACUGACGAUAAUCAGGGAGCUGGAUCAAAAACGACUACUCGAAGUCACAUGCCUGUCGUUCCUGAGGCUCGAUCAGGAUAUGCUUGAAAUCAUCAGAUUGCUUUCUAGAUCACUUCUUACCGUUUCGCAGCACCCUAAAGAUUGGACCGAGACUGGCGUCACUUUCGAACAGUUGCUGGGACUACUACACUGGGAUGGGUUACGCAAGCUGUCCACCGUUGAUUUCGGGAGCUAUCGACUCCGACCUUCGUCUAGAUUCACCGAUGCUUCGAUCCCUGAUUCAAAAAUAAUUUUGCGAGGCUAUAGAGUUGCAAAGGGCUCUUCCACUUACUGGAGCUUCAUGAUCUACCUCAAAUGUUUCAGCGUUACCGAUAUUGAUGCUAAAACAAGCAAGAGCGCGGAACGGUACGCCAGAGAAUCGGCCAAGGUGUCACGUCAAUACUUGAAGACAGAGAAGACGACUUUGAAGCUCUCAGUGACCAUGGUCCACCAACGCCCUAGGUAUCGGUACGAGACCUCGGUACAGAUCGACAAAGCUUUCGAAAAAGAACUAUCAGGUGCUCAGGUGGCAGAACCUGAUGUAGGGUCCUAA